CUAAUUUCUUUUGUUUUAGCUAAAAUAUGAAAAAAAAAAUAGUUUUUUUUGUUUUAAUGUGUUUUUCAUUUGAGUUUUCUUUAACUUCCAAUAUUCUCAUACUUGGAGGAAAUGGCAUGCUAGGAAGUGCUACUGUACAUUCUUUAUUAAAAUAUCCUGGUCAAUAUAAUAUUACUAUAGUUAAUCGUGGAAACUGGUAUUGGGAUACUGAGAGCACUGUUAAACCAUUUGUUAAACACUUUGAAUGCACAAGAGGUGAUGGAUUCCGUGAAGAAUGUGCAAUGAUUGCUAAUAUUGACAGUUAUGAUGUUGUUAUUGAUUUUAGUGCUUACAACCCACUAGAUAUUGAGGAUAUAUUGAUUUUACUGCAAGGGAAGUUUAAGCGAUACAUUUACAUAAGCUCUGAUUCUGUUUAUGAAGUAUGUAAGCAUAAAGAUGAAAAACAGUAUUUAAUUGAGACAGAUGCAGUGAGACCAACCGAUCCAGUUGAAAGCAUGAACUGUCCUUUCUGUGGCGAAUCUGUAUUUGAUCAAAACGAGUUACAAUUGCAUCAGGUAGACACGUGUCCAGCAUUUCAAAUUGAUGAAAAUGCACCGUCAGUUGCAAGUAUACGAUUUAGAUGGCUUUUUGGUCAAAAAGUUAACGAAGAUGUCAUUCAUUUGUUAUUAACAAAAGAGAUAAACAAUGUAGAAUUACGAAAAAAUGGUGACACUUUUGAGUCAGAUGUUGUAAAUUUAAAAGAAGGUUUAUAUGGUGGUCAACUGAUUGCAGAUAAUGACAUAAUUUCUUUGGCAGAAUUUAUUGUCAGCAAAACUUAUCAUUUUAUCUACUUGCAGCCAGAGAAAGAGUUUUCAACUUCUUCAUCAGAUGAGCUUCAUAACACAGACUUAGAACAGGACAGAGAAUUUCAAGCGUCGCAAUACUCAGACCAUCAAUAUGAAGCGGAAAAUGAAGCCGAUCAUCAGUUUUUUGAUGAAACAGAUAACAAACGACGAGUAUUGGGUAACAAGUUGUCUGAAGAAGGCUUUUUAGUUACUUCUUCAACUCAGCUCGAUCGUAUGCAUAAAGGCAUUCGUACAGAAGACAGUACUCUCAAAAAUAUUACUGACUUUGAAGAUUCGUUAAAUGAAGAAGAAACGAUCAAUCAGAAUCGCAAUGUUUUUGGCAAAACUCAUUUUAAAAAUGACGAACAAAUAAACAAAAUCUUUUCUAAUGAGCAAUCAAAUAUUUUAUCCUUAAAACAUAACACGUUACCAAGCAAAAGAAGUAGUCAAAUUUCGGAUGCGCUUCUAACACGUGAUAACGCUGUAUCUAGAAACACGUUGCCUAGGGAUAAUAAAACAGUUUCCACAAAAUCCGAUGGAAAUUUAUUUUUACGUCAGCGAAGUUUGCCGUGCGCGAAUAGAAACGACAAUGCUGGAAUUAAUGAAAUUCUUAAAGAGCUUUCAAUGCAUGAAAAAUUUUUAUCAAACGGACACAAUACGAGCUUUAAACAUGAAUCGGAGCAAGUUCCAAAUAAGGAAAACGAGAAUGUUACUUCUAAUGGUUAUCAUCCAAUUGUUUUAUCCAAAUCAUCAAAGAAUGGUUUUGAUGGUCAAAGUUGUUUGAUGAAAGAAAAUGAAGACUUAAAAAACCGCAUUCAAAUAUAUGAGAAGCAAAUUAACGGAUUAAAAAAGGAAGUUCAACGACUCUUUGAUUUAAAUGUCAACUAUAAAGAAAUUAAAUGUGAGUUGGAAACUAAAUGCCAAUCAUAUGACGACGAAGUGGCACGAAUGAAUAGAAAAAUUAGCACACUUCAAAAAGAAAAGGAUUUGGUCAUCGAAAGAAGUCAACAAGAAAUUAUAAAUAUGCAAAUGAGUGUUAAUGAGCUAGAAGAGAGAUGCAAUUCGUUGAAUCAUCUUCUCCUGCGAACUGAUAGAGAACAUCAAGAGCUUUUAAGCGAGCUCUCUGAAGAAAAUUCCCCGCGUCUUUUGGAAAGUUAUAAACAGCGCUGCAACGAAUUAGAGAAGGAAAAUAAAACCUUGUCUGAAAAUUACAAAAAUUUAGAAGCUGCACAUUGUUUGCAUGAUGAAGAAAUGAAGCGGGAGAUCAAUAACCUGCAGGAUGUUAUCGACAUGCUUAAAAAAGAUCAAACGCAAGCAAAAUGUUUUCCUUUUUUUGACGUUAACCUUUCGAGUAACACUAAAAAAAAUAUGGAAAAAAUAUCUAAAGAAAAUGAACACCUAAAGAGCAAGUUAAAAGCAAUGCGCUUGCAGUCUGAAUUGUCUGCAAAUAGUCUAAAAGAUAAUUUAGCGCGCAACUCAAGAAACUCUUCACUAGUAAAUCAAGUUAAUAGCUCGUCUCAAGAAGACUCAUUACAAAUUGAACCAUCUGAUAAUUAUAAAUCAAAUGACGUCAUCACUGACACGGCCUUUAAUUCUGCUAAUUUCAUGUCUCAUUCUUUAAAAACAAAUGUUGACGAGCAGUUGAAUAAAGUCUUGUCAUCCAAGUCAUCGAUAGAUGAUAUUUUGAAACGCUAUUCAUCUGAAAGUUAUUCAAACGAAUUUAAAAAAAAGGGAAAAACAUACAAUCGAGAAAACCAAUUGUAUAGCAAAUCUCAUUUUUCUUCUACAUUCUCCCGCCCAAAAUCUCAGUCUCUUGAUCGUGGAAUGGAUAGAAUUGGGUUUGAUCAAGGUGAAAUCAACACUCGCUCUUUAACCAAAUUACCAUUCUGUCCAAAUACAAUAAAUGAUCUUACUAUUGGCAUGAAAGUUAGUGUGAGUCGAUCAGGCAAAAGAUUGUGUCGUGGUGUGGUAAAAUGGAUUGGGCAUUUACCAAAUCAACAAGGCGACUAUGUCGGAGUUGAACUGGAAAAUAAUAUUGGAAGGAACAGUGGUGAUUUUGAAGGAUAUUUAUAUUUCAACUGCAAGCCGAAUUCGGGAUUGUUCGUUAAGUUUAAAAAGAUCAUAAUGGCGUGGAAAUAAUGGAUUCGAUAUAUUUAUAAUGGCUUAGGAGUAGCGAGUCAAUUAUUUUGCAAUCAAGCAUUAUUUGAAGUUCACAAAGCAGUAUCGGUUUUUCCAUUUGACGCUUAUUGCAAUAGCAAACAUUCCGUCGUAAGGACUGCUGUCCUUUAAUAAAUCGAUAAAAAAACAUUUUACUUUUGAGAGUGUGUAAAUAAAUAAGAA